AAGGAAGAUAGGACAACUCAGAUUACAUAACAUUAAGAGUGGUCUGAUUUGAGCCCACUGCUCAACAACCAAUGAAAACCAGCCCAACACUGACGCCACCAUGAACAUGCCAAGCCAGUUGAUUAUCCAACUUUCUUACCUUGCCAAAGCUUUCGAUCGGACGAUGUUACAUGGAUUGAGCUCUCGUUCUAUAAAUGAGACGGCAUCGAAAAGAAUGGUAUCAGUUUCCAGACACAACUCCACUUAAGAACUUCAAAGAACUGAAACAACUCCACAUCAACAAUGAAAACCUUUGUCGCUACCGCCCUCUUAGCUGCCGUGGCCCAAGCUCAAGAGCCUUACUAUUACAAAUGGAGUCCUGAGACACCCGUGGCCCCCGCUUUCAAGUUCCCAGAAAACAUCCCAGUGCCUUUCCCCAAAACCAAUGAGCCUGCGGGUAAUGCCGGUUACCAAUACCAAUACACCCCUGAUCAGCCCAAUGCCCGACCUUUCAAGGCUCCCGAGGACUACACCCCCGUGGACUUCAAGUACCAAUAUGUCAGCCAGCCUGGAGACAGUUUCAAAUACAAUUACAAGCCCGCCCCUGGGGAGUUUGACUUUACCUAUGUCCCUGGACCCAACAUGAUGAACUUGAGCCCCGAGGAAAUUGAGGCCAAAUCGGCCGGUGUAGCUACCAGUGUGAGGGAUGUGGCUGCUCUGUUGUCCACCGUCAAUUCGGACGACAUCAAGGCCAUCACAGGUGAAUUAGGCUUUGGCCAAGACUUUGACUUGACUGGCGUGUCGGCCGGCAUCAACAAGGUUGGGGACUUCAUUGAGAAUGGUGGCAAAGCCGGCGCCAAAAUUGCCGCUGACAUUGGACCUCAGCCUCAAGUGCCCGUGGUUCCCGUGGCUCCCAUCCAACCCGUGAAUCCACUCCCUGAGGCCACACCCGUGCAAUACAAUGCCGCUUAUCAAUCUGGUUACCCUGUGCCCGUUCAAGGAGCUUACUACCCUGGUGCCCCUUUGGCGGCUACCCAGGUUCCCCUUGUCUACUAUGGAAAUUAGAAAUCGCGUCCAGACCAAAUAAACCCAUUUAAAUUUGA